CAACGCGAAUAUAACGUAGCCUAAACCAUUUGCUCUAUAAAUGCUGCAACAUCUUCCAGGAUCGAAACCAUAUUCGUAAUCCAAGGAAGACCUACAACUCUUUCAAUAAUUCUUUAUAAUAAUUAGUUGUUUGAAAAUGGCUUCUGGACCGACCUUGAAGCGUUCAGACUCUAUGGCUGAUAAUAUGCCGGAGGCCUUGAAGCAAAGCCGGUAUCAUAUGAAGAAGUGUUUCGCCAAGUACGUUCAGAAGGGGAGAAGGAUAAUGAAGCUUCAGCAUCUGCUGGAUGAAAUGGAGAAUGUGAUAGAUGACAAGAUGGAAAGAACCAAGGUCUUGGAAGGUUUACUAGGGGACAUAUGGUACUCCACUCAGGAAGCAGUCGUUAAUCCUCCUUACGUAGCUUUUGCUAUAAGACCAAGUCCUGGUUUCUGGGAAUAUGUCGAGGUUAACUCUUCUGAUCUCACUGUUGAGGGAAUCAGCGCUACAGAAUACUUGAAAUUCAAAGAAAUGAUAUUUGAGGAGACCUGGGCAAAAGAUGUGAAUGCAUUGGAAGUGGAUUUUGGAGCAUUUGAUUUCUCUGUGCCUCGCUUGACCUUGUCUUCUUCCAUUGGCAAUGGACUCAACUUCGUUUCCAAGUUCGUCACUUCAAAGUUAAGUGGGCGCUUGGAGAAUGCUCAGCCUCUGGUGGAUUACUUACUGUUACUCAAUCGUCAAGGAGAGAAACUUAUGAUCAAUGACAACCUUAAUACUGUUUCAAAGCUUCAGAUGGCACUGAUAGUUGCUGAAGUUUACCUCUCAGGACUUGCCAAGGACACCCCAUAUCAAAAUUUUGAGCUAAGCUUCAAGGAGUGGGGCUUUGAGAAGGGAUGGGGUGACACAGCAGAGAGAGUGAAGGAGACAAUGAGAUCACUCUCAGAAGUACUCCAAGCUCCAGAUCCAGUGAACAUGGAGAAGUUCUUUAGUCGGGUGCCGACGAUAUUCAAUAUUGUAAUUUUCUCUCCUCACGGCUACUUUGGGCAAUCAAAUGUCCUUGGCUUGCCAGAUACUGGUGGUCAGGUAGUCUACAUCCUGGACCAAGUGAAAGCUUUGGAAGAGGAGUUGCUUCUCAGGAUUAAGCAACAAGGGCUGAAGGCGAAACCUAAUAUUAUAGUGGUCACGCGAUUAAUUCCUGAGGCUCGUGGAACUAACUGCAACCAGGAAUUGGAAGCAAUUAAUGGCACAAAGCAUUCCAACAUCCUCCGAGUGCCAUUUAGCGUUGAAGAUAGGGUCCUCCGCCAGUGGGUUUCUCGUUUCGAUGUCUAUCCAUAUAUUGAGAAGUUUACUCAGGAUGUUACGGUCAAAGUACUAGACCUCAUGGAAGGAAAACCAGAUCUCAUUAUUGGAAACUAUACAGAUGGGAAUUUAGCAGCAACUCUCAUGUCUAAUAAACUUGGGAUAACUCAGGCAACUAUUGCACAUGCUUUGGAGAAGACAAAGUAUGAAGAUUCAGACAUCAAAUGGAAGGAAUUAGACCCCAAGUAUCACUUCUCAUGCCAAUUCAUAGCUGAUACAAUUGCAAUGAAUGCAGCAGAUUUUAUCAUAGCCAGCACAUACCAGGAGAUUGCAGGAAGCAAAGAAAGACCAGGACAGUAUGAGAGCCAUGAUUCAUUCACACUUCCAGGGCUGUGUAGAAUUGUUUCUGGCAUUAAUCUCUUUGAUCCAAAAUUCAACAUAGCUGCACCUGGAGCUGAUCAAUCUGUCUACUUCCCAAACACAGAGAAACAGAAGAGAUUCACACAGUUUCAUCCUGCCAUUGAAGAACUAUUGUAUAGUAAAGAGGAGAAUGAAGAACACAUUGGAUAUCUAGCAGACAGAAGGAAACCUAUUAUCUUCUCAAUGGCAAGGCUUGAUAUAGUGAAAAACCUCACUGGAUUAACUGAGUGGUAUGGAAAGAACAAGAGGUUGAGAAAUUUGGUUAAUCUUGUCAUAGUUGGGGCCUUCUUUGAUCCUUCUAAAUCCAAAGACAGAGAAGAGAUGGCUGAAAUUAGGAAGAUGCAUGCUUUGAUAGAGAAGUACCAACUCAAGAGUCAGUUUAGAUGGAUAGCAGCACAGACAGACAGGCAGCGAAAUGGAGAACUCUAUCGUUGCAUUGCAGAUACAAAGGGAGCUUUUGUGCAGCCAGCUCUCUAUGAAGCAUUUGGACUCACAGUCAUUGAGGCAAUGAACUGUGGAUUACCCACCUUCGCAACUAAUCAAGGAGGUCCAGCUGAAAUAAUUGUUGAUGGGCUAUCAGGAUUUCUUAUUGAUCCCAACGAUGGAGAUGAAGCAAGCAACAAAAUCGCUGACUUCUUUGAGAAGUGUAAGGUAGAUGCGGGAUACUGGAGUAAGUUCUCAGAAGAUGGGUUGAAACGCAUAAAUGAAUGCUACACCUGGAAGAUAUAUGCAAAUAGGGUAUUGAAUAUGGGUUGCAUGUAUACUUUCUGGAGGCAGCUGAACAAGGAACAGAAACAAGCAAAACAAAGAUACAUCCAAAUGUUAUAUAAUCUGCAAUUCAGGAGGCUGAUGAAGAAUGUGCCUAUCCCAACUGAAGAAGCUCAGCAGCAACUAGAGUCGAAACCUGUAAGCAAAGCACCAUCAAGCACAAGACGCAGUCAGUCCCGAUUGCAAAGGUUGUUCGGAGCUUAGGAGUGCAAGUAGGCAGCAUAGCUCAGAAGCAUUCCUGAGCCACCUGACCUUAGCGUCCCCUAUUAUGUUUUUUCCAGUGUUUGAUCUCUUGCAUUCACAGAAGCAACAAAUUGUGUAAUUUCUGAAAAUUAAGGAACUGGUAUUGUGUUAUAGAUCAAUAAUUUUCAAUUGUGUAAUGAAUUAUUCUGUUACACCCCAAGCCAAGAUCAUGUCUGAAUCGGGCUUGGGGUGCAAUAUUUGUAAUUGAUUAUUCAUGACUGCAAGUUCGCUACAGGUUCAUUCGUGUGCAAUUAUUUGAU